GCUGCUCCGGCGGAGGGAUACAGCGCGCCGUAUAAAAACCGCGCCGCGCAGCCUCACACCUACAGCAUUUUUGGCGAAGCGAGGAGGCAGCGAGAGCUGAGAGCAGCCGCCCGCCUUCGGCACCUUCGCCCGUGCACAGACAAGCGCCAUCACCAGCCGCAAUGGUAGGUAGCUUUGGACCUGCGAGGAGAGGCGCUGAUUUAGGCAAUCGAUAACUUUCCGGGUUGCUUUGGAGCUAGCCUGGAGCACGCGCGGGCUGGCUUCGUUUCGCAGUUUUGCAAAAAUGGACGAAGAGCAUCUGGAUCGGCUUGGGCGCGAUGGAGGUGGCCGGCUUGCGCUUUUUUCUUUUCUUUCUUCCUUUCCCCCUUUUACUUUCUCGGAAGUUGGUGUUGCGGGGGGAUCCUCUUGGCUGCUGCUGGCCGGAGCCUAACCGGAGCCCGGCUUCUUCUCACCCUGCCGCUCCCGUGCAUUUGCUAGCUUCGGCGGCUGCGCCGGGGACUCGGUCAGGCCUGCGUCCCGGAGCUCGGCUGGCGAGCUGGUGUGGCUGAUCUUCGCCUUGGAGAAGGGUGGGAGGCGGGCGGGCUGCGGCGCAGCUGGAUCGCCGACCACCUUUGGGCACAGCUGGCCAGGAUCGGUGGUCUCUCUCGCCUGCCUUCCCCCCACCCCAUUCCCGGCUGCCUGUGCUGCGGGGUCUGCUCGGAUGUCCUAAGCGGGGGUGGCGAGGGAGCCUUGACUGGCGCUUUCGCUCCCGACCCUUGAUCCUUCAUGCCCAACCCAAAUCUUCACCCUCCAACUCAGCCACCCACGCGCCCUCUUCUUCCCAGCUCCGGGGCUCGUUGCAGUUCUCGCUUCCUCUCCGCAGCAAAAGGAAGGGAGGGGAAUAAAAACCCGGGGCUGCGGCCGGUUCCUGUCUUUCAGAGAAGCCGCUUGCCCGGAACUGGCGCGCUCUGCAUGAUGAAUUCAAGCCGGGUUCCUCGCAGUUCGCGCCUCCGGAGGCUGGGUGGGGAAGCUGGAGAGGCCACCGAUCGCGCGGUUUGGAAAGGCUCGGAGAAGCAGCCGGGGCAGGGACGCUGCUGCCUGCAGAGCGAGACCUGCUCGGCUUCGUUUAUUUUCUUUCCGCUUUGCAUGCGCUCCGGGGCAGAUGGCGGAGAGGGCGGCAGCGUGCGCGGGAGGCGCGCCGUGCUGCCGCUGCCCCCGCCGACACCCCACUCCAUGAGUGUUUGCGCCCGCGCCUUGCCCGUGGGCAGAGGGUUCCGAGGAUGGAGGCGGUGGCCUGCGCCUUGCCUGGGGCGCGAGUCUUUCUUCCACCCCCCGGCCUCCAUCCCCGCACGGGAAAAGGGGUGUUUAUGUUUAUAGCUUGCUUGUAGUUAGUUGGAUGGGUCCCAGAAGAGUCGAUGCAAGGUUCCUUCUUUGCAGCUGAGGAUGGAUCGGGGAGCUGAGCUGAGAAGGGAUCGAAGCUGUCACCCGCGUGGAAAAUCGCAAGGGGGAGAUUGGGGAAUACAGAUUCCGGCGCGGUCUGACUUCCUGGGGACACAAGACCAGUUACUGCAGACCAGGGACACCAAAACACUUGCCUUAGAAAAAGAAAAAGCGCCCCUCGGUUGGACUCUGCAGCCCCUCCAGCGCGCCCUCUCUCCCGGUUCCUUUUCUGCCUGUGCUAAUGAGUGAAAUGACGACUUUUUAUUUUCCCUCCCAGGGUCUAUGCCAAGUGCAUUAGGCAAGGGUGUGAUCUUCAGUGCAUGGCAUAGCUGUGGCUGCAGAUGGGGGCAAGGCUCCCUACCUUAACACAAAUAAAAAAAACCAAAGAUUACGGAAUAUAUGAGGCUAUUGCAGACAGAGAUCACCCCUUUCCCCUUGGUGGGUGGGGAAAUUGGAAAAAUUUCCUGGCUUGCUAGAAGGAGAUGGCAGUUCAGAAGGAAGAUGGAAACAAUCCCGGUUCCUCCACCAGCUGCACUGCGCAGGGGGGGAACAUCUGCAGUUAUUGCGCUGUUUCUCCUUCUCCCCCACCCCUUUCCCCAAGCCCCUCAAACGCAGCAGUGCUUAAAAAGCCUUGGUUGAUGGCAGCAUUACAUCAUUUCUCCACCUCUUCUUCCUCUCCGGUCUCCACCCUGACCCCAAGAGGCAGCGAGAGUAGCAGGUGAAAAGCUGGGGUGGUUUUAAUAGGGACUCUAUUAAUCAGUUUCCUGUAAGCCUCAAGGAAGACACUGAAAUGAAAUUGCUACCUCAGGAGGAUUCGGAUAAGCUUUAGGUGGGCGUGAGAAGGAAGGUGCAUGAUCUGCGUACAGGAAAGUGUGUUAGAAGCAUAAUUGGCAAGAAGGGGGUGCCACGAAAAGGAUGGGUCACCAGUGGACUCCUGUUAGUGUCAAACAAACAGAUUUAUUGCUUGUGCAGUAGCUGCUUAAGGGGAAGCCUUUAUUCCUCUUUUGCACCACGGAAGUGGACUACUUUCUGUGCCAUUUUUUGUUUUGUUUCUCUGUGCAACUUGAUUUAACCUCAUCCAAUGCUGACUUGAGGGUCCCCCCCCCCCAAGAGCAUUUAUUAGGUUGUGACCUUUUCAUUCAGUCUUUGGCCCUCUUUUCCUUUCUUUCCACAGCAAGGCACCAGAGAUUUGCUGCAAUAUUGUGACGUCUUGGGGUGUGUGUGUGUAUAUGUGCUCUGGGUGGAAAUCUCUGCUUUGGUUUCCUGGAGCGGAGAGGAUAAGAUUUUGCAUGGCCAGAUAUGAAUAUGGGCCACGCAUGGUGGAUCUCCUGCUCCCCCUUCAUCCUGUUUAGGAAGGGUGACAUCACCAGAACCGACAGUUCUCCCCCCCCCUUUCCUCCUUAAUUACUUGGAUGGGUGGGGUGGCUGCUUCUAGGCAAUAUUGGCUAUCGGGCCAAAGCCACGGCACUCUGUGUUUUGUGCCUGCCAACCAAAAAAGGUUGGCAAACAGGGAUGCUGCAUAAUGUAGCAACUUGCAAGUACAAAACCUAGAUUAUUAUCCUUCACAUGUCAGGCAGAGUGUUUCCUACACUCUCGCUUCUGUUGAUUUGCAUCAUUUUUCCUCCCUAUUAGGUGUGGCCCUGUUUCCUGUUCUGCAUUGCUCUGAUAUGUUAUGUAAAUCACUAUGUCAACUUGCCUCACUGGAGGGAAAUCCAGUGCUGGAGUUCUGGGUGGAGAUAGGACAGGGUUUCACUUUUAGGUGCCAGCAACAAAUGCUUUGAGUUUUUUGUUUCUUGCUUAAAAAAAAAAAAGAAUAGAAAAGCCUCCUUUGGGAUGACCUUAAUUCAAUGGCGAGCCACUGCAUUGGCAAAUCGGUGGUUGCCAACAAAGGCUUCCAAACCGCAGCUGUGUUUUUGACGUAUAUCUUCAAAGCCCACCCGCAGCAGCCAUUUAGCUGUGUCUGUCUGAACUGUCUUGGUGGGGUUUGAGCCUGGCAGUGUCAAGACACCUAUGUGAGGUGAAGGAAGCGGUUUUCAAGACUACAGGAAGGCAAAUUUAUUUCUUGGGAGCCCAAGUUAAGCUUUUCUUUCCCGCUUUUGCCAGAGUUCAGUAUAUAAUUUGCAUGUCCCAUUGAAAUUGACAGACUUCGUAGUUAUUCUAAAUGCUGCUUGUGCUCUGUACUCAUCAGCACACUGACCUGCUAAAACGCAAUCCUGUGUUUGUCGUGAUAUCUGAGUAUGCAGAGUGCGAAUGUCAGCCGAAGGCACCCUCAGCUGCCUUAAAAUUAAGACUUUAUCCAAAAACGGAAAACAAGCUUUUAAAUUAGUCCUGAAUAUGUCUGACUGUGGUCAGUUUUUGGAGGGAGCACCUGAAGGAUUAAGCAUUGCUAGAUGGCCCACAUCAUGCAUUGCAUCAUGCUAAGUCUAGCGGCCUCUUGGCUGUAAUGAAACCAUGAUAUGAAAUUAAUCUGGGUAGGAUCUGUUCCUUGAUCACUGAUGUAGCAGGUUCUUGCUUCCCUGUCUUGGCAAGCUACCAUUCUGGCUGGGCACCCUGUGCACACUCCUGCUGUGCUGCCUCAAUCCUGUUUGUUCUCCCUUUAGCGGACAGAGCGAUGAUUUGUUGCCAAUCACUUCUGGAUAUGCCAAACAUUAACAUAACAUUAUGCCAUCUUGCCUCUGAAUUGCAAUUGCAUCUUGUGGUUUUGACUGACAUAGCUACAGGUAAAAACAAUGUUCUGAAAUACUUUUCUAUUCUUUACGUAGGCCGAUCAGCUGACCGAAGAACAGAUUGCUGGUAAGUAUCCUAAAUGGAGGGAGAUGGUUUCUGUUGGCCUAGCAACCUAUUCUGAAUACAAAAAUAUUGCAGAACAUUCUUGGUGGCUGCUAUCGCUUGGCUGUUUCUCAGGAUGGUACAUUCCUAUCUGAGUAGGUUGAUUUUUUGUUUUUUUAAAAAAAUGGGCAGGAAAAUGUUUCCCACUUUGUACUAUGUUUCUUGAACAUAAUAUAACACUUUAUUACUGUUGUCAUUUAAACAUACUGGUUGAUCACGCAUCCCUUGUCCUCUUCUUGUGCACGAUUCAAUUAUAUCUGGAUCAAGAAAAAUGGUUGCAGCCAAUGUUAGUUCUACACAAGAGUAAACCCUUUGAUGUGAAUAACUUUGGUCCAUUGGUGUCAGUGGGUUUACUCUGAGUAGAAUUUUCUUGGAUACAACCCAAGGAGAGAAAUAGAUGGAUUUGUUUAACUCUUUCUGUAAAUGUGCAAUAACGAAAAUAACAAAAUAAUCACUUACUUGAAGAUAAAAUGCCCAGGAGCUGGCAGUUACACUUGCCAGUUGGUAGUCAUGAAAUAGGUACUAAUUUGAAAGUUCAGAUACGUAGAAGCUACACAAAGCAAGCACAAAAUCACUCAAAGUGCAUAAGGAUCACUCAGGGGAGUACAGGAGACUGGCUUUCCCCAGAUCUAAUUUGCCAGUUCCUGAGUCCAAUUGGCAACCCACAAUAUUAAAUACAGCACAUGAUAUUGGCUGCAUUUGGGCAAUCCUCAGACCAUGGACUGGAGAACUGCAAAUUCCCUUCUCCUCCCACAUGGAACUUAAUUCCAGGCUUAAUCAAACCAUAGUUUCUGCUCUGUUUGUGCAGGACUAGGACUAGAGGAAGGCUAUUGCACAGUCCUGUGGGCAAUUGCACUGCACGGCCUCAGUCAACCUGCCACCCUCCCGACAUUUCGGACUACAACUCCCAUCAGCCCCAGCCAGCAUAGCUGUUGGUUGGCAGAGGCUGAACUAGACCAAGUGUGGGCUGUCUUCUUCUUUUCCUCCCCUCUAAUCCAUUUUCCAUCCCUAUGCAUUUUAUUCUUGUCAGCCCCACAAGCUGAUGUAGCAUGGUGGCUAGAAGACUGAGCUAUGAUAUGAAUUUGGAUGUCUUUGGUUCAGUCCUCCCCUCUGCCAUGAGUUGACUUGAAACAUUGUUGGAUGACGACGCUGACGUUGUUAGGCUGAGAUUGCUAGAACCUUUAUGCAUAUUCAGGAUCUUUUAAACAGUUAUAUAGGAAACUGUUUAAAAUAAAAUCAGACAAUUAGUCACUUUAGCCUAGUGCUCUGAACAGUAGUGGCUCUCUUUCAGAUUCGGGGGUUGGCGUCUUUCUUAGCCCUGCUUUGAGAUUCCAAGGAUUUAGAGUGGAUCUUUUUUGUAUGCAGAGCAUGUGCUCUGCCAGUGGGCUUUGGCACUUCUCUAAAAGACCUGAUGAUGAACUGUUACCAAAGAACAUAAGCACCUUGCUGGACCAAGUCGAGAGUCCAUCCUGUCCGGAACUUUUUGCAAGGACCCCAGCAACAAAAAUUGGCCAGUGGUUCACUAGUAGACCACCAUAUAACAUCUGCUCACCCCUGGACUAAAACAUGGUAGCUCAUGCGGUCGGAACCCAAGCAUUGCUGGUUUGAUGAUGUGUGUUUUGUGAGACACAUGCUUAUUAACAUAUGCUUAAUAGUUCCUCCAGCUUGGUACAAUUUGCUCCAAGUAAUGUAGUAUAGUGGCUGAACUCCGAAGCCUGCUAUGAGUCUACUUGGGUACACCUCUCCAGCCCUGCUGCCCAAUCCCCUGCCCUGCAGCGUACAGAGAUUAGAAACCCAUUUUGCUGGGUUGUUCUAAGGACUGUGUUAUACUGAGUACUAUGAAAAUAUUCUUAAAAUGUUAAGUAUUGUUGUUUAAUAUCAGUGGUGCAAAGGCCUUUACAUAAUCAUGUCUACCAUAUCUUGAGUGCAACAGCUGGUCUUAAUCAAAGGCAACGUUAGUUUUUUAAAAAAGAAAGAAAGAUGGUUUUUGUUUUGUUUGAAGACUUAAGAGCUCAGUGUUAAUUGACAGCUUGUCUCACCAUAAAGACAAUUCCUGUUCAUCAGUUACAGAAAACUGGACUUACUGACUUGAACAUUUUGAACCAUAGUGAAUGGUUUGGGAUGUGACAGACUUUUUGGGUUCAAAUCUCCAUUUGGCCAUGAUUACUUAUAAGGUUCUCCGCUGUCUUUCAACCUGACAGGCUUUGGGUUUGAGGUGGGUGUUGUGAAAUUACAUUUAACGCACACUCUCUGUGCUGCAUUGUAUGCUGAAGAAUUAUGCUGGCUGGUUAAAGAAAUAAAUUGUGGUUAAUGUGCUGCAGUUCAUAACAAUGGGGAGCUUGUAUUAUUUGAACAACUGACAUGAACUAGGGGAGGAAAAAAAGAUGUUAACCCGAGAGACAUUGACUCUGAACAGAGGUUGCUAAUGGUUACAGAAGGAGUUUGGCAUAACCGUGCCCUGGUUACCACAUAACACUAUCGCUUGUAGUCAGUUUGAAUGUGUGAGCCUAGCCAAGCAGACUAACCAUGAUCUGCUUUCUGCCAACAAAUGACAGUGGUUUGUUGUUGGCUUACAAACUAUGGCUUGUUUUUAAGUUUUGGUUUGGACCCAGCAGCUUUGUUUCACCCUGUUUUUUGGCUGCCCCACCUCAGAUCCUUACCAACCUACAAAGGGAUGAGACAUGAGCUGCUGAGAAACAAAACAAACCUUAGAGAAACAAGACAAGGUUUGUUUGGUCAUCUAUGAAACCACUUCAGUUGAAUAAACUUUGAUUAAAACAAAACAUUGGUUAGUGUUAUGUGCAAACACUGCCAUUGGAGAUUUACUCUUCUGCCUAGUAAUCUGUAAUGCCAUAACAGUUUUUUUCACACCAGUAUCCCACCUUCCCCAAGUUACUCAGAACAUGGGAGUUAGUUGCACAGCACCCAUAUAACAUAGGUCGGGCAGAGAGAGGGAGUUUGGUCCAAGUAAGCUUCAUGGCUGAGUGGGGUUUUUGAAACACCAGCCUGGUGCCCUCCUUUUUUUGGACUACCAUUAUCAUUGGCCAUGCUGUCUGAUUGGAAUUGUAUUGCAAAACAUCUGGAGGCUGCCAUGUUGGGACAGACUACAUCCCAUGUUGGCUCUCACUUAUUCCCAACAACAAACAGCAUUCCUAUGACAAGCAAAUUGAUACUUCCAAGCAAGGUAUUAAAACAGUUUUAUGCAGUGUUGGUGUCCAGUAAUGUAGGUCUGUAUAUUCUUAAACCAGAUUUGCAUAUGUAAAUUAUCAACAAGGUUGAACGUGGUCUUAAUUUGUCUGUGGGGAUCAUUGCUUGAACUAAGCAGUUUACAGCUGAUAAUGCCCUUGUGUCAGUCACGGUGCUAAAUUGCGACGGGUCUUUUUUCUGUCCUCCAGAGUUCAAGGAAGCCUUCUCUCUAUUUGACAAAGAUGGUGAUGGCACCAUCACAACAAAAGAACUUGGGACAGUCAUGAGGUCGCUGGGUCAAAACCCAACAGAAGCAGAGCUACAGGACAUGAUCAAUGAGGUAGAUGCUGAUGGUAAGCAUUUUGAAGAGGUGAACUUCUUACCAUUGCUGCAUGAACAUAGAAGCCUCAAUUUUGGAAAUGCUUAGUUGUAGAAAUCCUAUGAAACACUGGCUUUCUUGUUCAGAAUGCUUUUAAGCUCCUGAUAAGUACAGCCAUGACUUAAUAAAUGGUAAUUCGUACAUAAAUCAUGGUGGCAUUUUAGGUGAACAGGUAUAUGGAUAUAUAUAUGUCUACUGGGAAUUUCUCUCUUUUUAGGUUGGCUCACAGUAAAAUAUAGUGGUACCAUUACUUUUCUUGAUACUGUCCAGAUCAGGUGACAUAUUAGUACUCCUCUAUUCUUCUUUGAUCAGACCUCAUCCAGAAUUCUGCGUCUAAUUCUUGGUCCUGCAGUUUAAGAAGGAUAUAUAUUAAAUAUAAUUUACCUGGAGGAGAGUGACAAAGUUGGUGAGUUUUCUGGAGAGGAAGUUCUGGUUGGCUACUGUUGAGAAUAGGAUGCUGAACUAAAUGGGCCAUUGACCUGAUCCAUUAGGAUCACAAGUUCUGUGAGGAAAGGUGGAAUGAGUUGAAUUUGUUUGGUCCAAAGCAGGGGGUGGUGGUUAACCUGUGAUUCUCCAUAUGUUGCUUGACUCCAGUUGCCAGGGAUGAUCGGAGUUGCAGUCCAGUCAAAAUUGGGAGGGCCAAAGGUCUAGAGCAGGCACGUCCAAAGUCCAUCUUGGGGGCCUAAUUUGGCCCCCUGGCCGGUUUUCUCUGGGGUAAAAUUGUAAAAAAAGCUCAACAACUUUGGCCCUCACACAUGUUCACUUAAUCAAAUCUGACCCUCUUUGAAAAAAGUUUGGGCACCCCUCCUCUAGAGUAAAGGAAGAAAUGAAUGAUGAAACAAAUUUGUUUCCUGGUGCUCCAGAGGGUUGGAACUGAACCUGUGGAUUCAGAUGGCGAGAAAGAGGAUUUCAGUUAAACAUUAGGAAUAACUUCCCAAUGUUAUUAUUUAAUUUCUGUACCACUUAGUAUAUUAAGAAUAUCUUUUAAGUGGUGUACAAAAAAACUGAAGCAAUAACAGAAAAUUUAAAACAAAAUAUUACAAAAAUAUGCAGUUUCAUAUAAAAUGUUACAUUAAUAUAAAGUUACUAAUAUUUAUAAAUCAACUCAUUCUCCUUCUGACAUACCUUCCCUCUCAGCCUUCGAGUUCUCACCCAAGGCCCAAACAAACUCUCAGCUCACCCACAAAAGUCUCACAAUGAGAAGAAGGGUUCCUGGAAACAGCAGACAUCACCCUGGUCUCUUACUCUAGAUUUGCAUUUUAUGGGCAGGCCCAAGGUGGAUGGUACUUCCUCAGGCUGCCCGCAGCUAUGUCCCAUUCAGCUGCACCCUUCACACUCAGUUCAGGUACAUCAGGUCCAAAUAAUGGGAAAAGAGCCCCCUUCCUCUCACAGCUCUUUCUUCAGCCUGUGUUCUCUUCCUCCAACGGUAUGAGUUGAUUGACAGUGGGGCAGGCUCUCCUUUGCUAAUAGUUUUUUAAGCAGAGUCUGGAUGACUACCUAUGAGGAAUGCUGUAGACUAUAGACUACCUUUGAUGUCCCUUCCAAUGCUUUCUGGCACCUACCCUAUGAUCCUCUAGUCUCAGCCUCCUAAAAAGAAACACCUGGAAGGAGGGGAACCAAAAAUAUAUAUGAGAAAUUCCUCCUGAACAAGUUCAUGUUGAAACCACAUGGGUGUUGUGCAAGAACUUAGUGACUAAGAUCCCAGGCGGUAUCACAGAGGCUAAUUGGAGGUGAUCCCAGAUGCCUUAUUAUGUGCUAAUGUUUCGUAUAUUCUUAAUCAUGGGUCCCCAACCUUCCUGGGCCAGGGGCUCGCCUGGAAAAUCUAAGACUCUUAAUGCGCACCACAAAUACCCAUUUCACAGGAGAAAAACUGGCUGCAUUCAGAACCUCAUUGCAAUACAGUUAUACCCCUCCUCCAAACAAAUAAAACAGCAGCAAAAAGCAGGCAGUUCCUCCCCUGCUACUUCCAACUCAUAAAACAAAAAUGCUGGAGGGGUAUCACAGAAUUCUAGAACUGGAAGGGACCACGAGGAUCAUCUAGUCCAACCCUCAGCAAUGCAGGAAUAUUUCACUCAACAUGGGGCUCAAACCCAUGAUCCUGAGAUUGAGUCUCCAAACCCAUGACCCUGAGAUGAGUCUCAUGCUCUUAACAACUAAGCUAUCCCUCAGGAUAUCCCUUGUGGGUAGCAGUGGGGGUGUCGGAGGGUGACAUGAUGCCCAAGAGUAUAUGUUAGCAACUCCAGUUCCAAGUAUUAUAUCUGUUGUGUAUAUGUAUAUUGUGAAUAUAUAUAGAGAGAUAUAUAAACAUUCUGCUGGUGUUACACAUACCGUAUUUUAAAGUUUAUUUUUAAAGAGGUUUUACGUCUUGCUAUCGACACCAUAAACAGAUUACCCAUCGCUAACAUUUGACUAACACAUCCUAUCCCCAGUGGGAUUCAACAACAACCAUUAUUUAAGAAAUGGUUCAGUUGGCAUCAAUUCUACUAAAAAGAGUAGAGCUUAAUUUGAGGGAAUUUCUUGGGAUUUUGUGGGCCUGUUCAGCAAAUUGCUGCUGAAAGCAUGGAGCGUGUUAAGUCAGGUGCUAAGCGAAAUGGUCAUAGUAUUGCCCCUUUUUAAUAAUAAUAAUAAUAAUAAUAAUAAUAAUUAUUAUUAUAAUUAAUAAUUUAUUAUUUAUACCCCACCCAUCUGGCUGGGCUUCCCCAGCCACUCUGGGCGGCUUCCAAAAAAUAUUAAUAUUUUUAAUAUUAAAAUAUUUAAUAAAUAUAAAUAUUUAAUAUUAAAAUAUUUUUAAGGGCAACCAAAGAACAUAUACCUAUUUCUGGGGGUUGGCAAUAGAAUUGUUGCCCGCUUCUGUGUUCUGUUGAACAUCAUAAGUGCCUCCUUGGUGAAGCCAUUGACCCAUCUAGUCCUGCUUUCUGUUCUCACUGUUGCCAACCAGAUACCUGUGGGAAACCUGGAAGCAGGACCUCAGUGCAAGAUUUUAAUAGUAGAGAUGGAAGCUAUCGCUUCUGGCUCUAAAACCUAUUGGAGCGUAUGAAGUUGCAGGAGUGCCCCUAAUGGGCAGGAGGUGACAACGCUAGAGAGUUUAUUUGUUGGCAUUGUAUUCUCCAAACAAUAGCUCAAUUCAAAAUGCAUUGUAACACCUCUUGAACAAUCUUAAAGAGUCCUUCGGAGUCCAGCUUCUUACAUGUCUAGAUCAAUACCUGGUCUUUCAACGGACACUGUAAGCUGUAAAGCCCUCACAGCACUUCUAAGUAGUGUCUGUAUAUUAAAUACACCAGCUACCAACUUGACUUGCGGUAGUGAUUCAAUGAGAAGAAUUAAAAGUAGCUCCAAGUUUGCUGGAGUUUCAGGUUGUAAUGGCAGUCCAGAGAAGAAUCCUCUUGGAAGGUGAACCAACUGCAAAGGAAGUUAAAUCAAGUUAGGCUGGUCUCAUUCACAUAUAUUAACAGAACAACCAUGCUUUUAGGACAGGGAUGUGGAGCCUCAGGACCAGGGGCUGAGUGCAGUUCUCUAGACCUUUUUGUCCAUCAGGUCUAUCCCUAGUCACCCCCUUCUCUCCAGGUCACACCCUCCUUCCUUUGCACCCUCCUUGAGUGCUUUUGCCUAGUUAGAAUGGGUCCUUGGACUCUGAUAAUUCUGCUUGCUUUCCCGGAUGAAAGAUACAGAGGGCUGUGUGUGUGUGUGACAACAGGCCAUUGGUACAGAAGUAAAAUGAAUAUCCAUUUUUCUGCCCACUUUUGCUCCUGGCCUUACCCACCUCUGGUCCAUGGCUCACUGGAAGUCUAUGUAAUAAGGAAUGUUGUGUUCAGGCUGAAAAAAUGUUCCCCACCCCUGUUCCUGGUAAACAAGUUGAGAUUUGUUAACUUUGAAAGCAAACUCUGUUGUCAUAAAAGGAAAAGGAGUGUGUUUGCCAUUUUUUAAUAAAGUUUUUUAAAAAUAAGUUUUGCUAUAAUUUAUUCUCUUCUCACCACCACCCCAUUUUUAUUUUAAAGGCAAUGGCACUAUUGACUUCCCCGAGUUCUUGACCAUGAUGGCCCGAAAAAUGAAGGACACAGACAGCGAGGAAGAAAUUCGUGAGGCAUUCAGAGUCUUUGACAAGGUAUAUUUUGGAGGCAUUAACUGGGUGUUUGGGAUGUCUGAGUUGUUGGCUUGGUUACAGCAAAAAUAAGGAGUUUUCUCAGUUGCUGAAUGCACUUGAAAAAUACACACACACACACACACACACACACACACACACAGAGAGAGACCCUCAUAAGGUUCAGUAUACAUCAAUGGCUUUUUAUGUAGAAGGCCAUAAUCAAAUUUCUACUGGGCCACUUACUUGGUGUAAUUUACCAAGCCAGCUUUUUUUGGGAACGAUAAAAUGACUGUGUACCAAACUCAUUACAGACAAGGGAAACUGCAAGGGCAAAAUGCAUCCUGGAGAGCUUGAAGGAGGACAUCUUCACACAACCAUUUUGAGAUGGGCAUCUACAAAAAUAUAGAACGUGACAAAUGUCAGACAACCAGGGUUGGCUGAUGUUUCAUGAGUACAUGCUCUGUGGCAAAUUGUUCAGUUUGUUGCUCUGUAAUGUGUGAAAUGACUCUUCCCCUUAGACUCAGCUGAAUUCUAAGUAAGGGAGGAGGAAAGCUUGUUGUGUCAAUAUUUAUCCCAUUGAAUGAGGUUACUUUGAGAGGGGGUAAUUUCCCCAUGGAUGCCCCGUGGAGGGUUGUGGCUAUGUAAACAACUGAGGCCUGGUCUCCCUGGCCUAAAUUUGAACAUCUGGUCCCCACUGCAUGUAGUGCCUCUCCUGGAGCAAAUUCCCCUGUAUCGAUGUGUUAAAGGCUCCUCCCAAACCAUGAUCUCACGUCUGAAAUAGGCCAAUGACUUAACAAUGCAAAUUUGCCCUGAUUUUUUAGUAAUUAAAAAAAAACCCCAACACUCUGGACUUCUUUGUAUUGUUGGUAUACCAGAUAUCAUCAAUUGCAGGGUUCUGGCUUAAAUAAAAUGUCCUGCUAAAUAGAGGGCAAAAAUCUGAGGAACUACAUGAUUAGUGCCAUAUAUACCCAGCAGGACUUCUGGAUCAUGUUUUUUUUAAAUAGCAGUUUACCAUGCUGCAUGAAUCCUGUUUUAAAAACAAGUUCAGGGGAUUUCAAAAGUGGUUAGUGAUGCCAUUGGCUUGUGGCUGACAUUCAAAAAGAAAAACAUUAAGUCUUUGUGAACAUCCUGAAGCUGAUUGUGUGAGCCAAAUUGGGAUGUGACCCCAAUACUUUCAGGGUUAUUUGCUUCCAUGAUCUUAUUCUGUCACACUCUUGAUUUGUUCCCUGUGAGUGGGAGUUGUGGGGAAUAUUUCACUGCUCCCAGCUUUUACUAGUUAUCGGACUUGCCUGUAGAUUGGAGUGGGGAGUGGGAACCUCCCACCAAAUGAAGCAAAACAAUAAUCCCAGCAGCUUCCCUUGCAUCAAAGAGUUUUGUUAAAUGAUUAUUCAAGGGCUUUCUUGACAUUUCUUAAGUGGUUCCAUACUAGAGAUAGCUCCAUAAGGCAGGCAUAGAGGUUGUGGACAGAAUCAUUGAUGUUAAAUCUUGUUUCCCAAAGAACUGUUCCAUCAAGGUAACAAAAAUAAGCGGCUUGAGGACUGCAGCCUGUUGAGUCAGACUUCAGUUGCUUAGUUCCUUGGAUGAAAAGUGGGAUAGGAAUGUAGUAGGAGGAGGAGUAAUAAUUAAUCAUAAUCACUAUCUACCUCUUCUCAGGCUAUCAUUUUAGAAGGUAGAAUUGCAUUGCUCUCUAGAUAGUUGUGCAGCCUUAAGUGGGCAAACCUUACUUACGAAUAAGGGCAUUCAAAGUGGAACUUGCAUGCACAACACAUGCACAAGCCAUCAAAUUCUUGCCCUAAAGCAUAGGCAGGUCAGGCUGUGUGUCCAUCCCACCUACGAUAUAGGUUCUGGGCUGGCUUGAGAAGUUCAGAGUGGGUGACAACCUCUACUGGGUUUUUAAAAAAAUCUUUACUGUAAUCUCAAUCCCUUGUCACUUGUCUUUCCAGGAUGGCAAUGGUUACAUCAGUGCGGCAGAACUACGUCAUGUUAUGACAAACUUAGGAGAGAAGCUAACGGAUGAAGAAGUAGACGAAAUGAUCAGAGAAGCAGAUAUUGAUGGAGAUGGACAAGUCAACUAUGAAGGUGAGGUGUGGUUUCCUCUGUAGCUAUUUAUUAGCAUUGUGCAGGCAUAAGGAACACAGGGCCUUCCAGAUGUUGUGGGAUGUCAACUCUUGUCUACCUUAGCCAGCAUGGCAAGUUGGAGGUGAGGGAAGUUGUGGACAAGCAAUAGCUGGAGGACCAGUGAUUACCCAUCGAUGCCCUAGAACAGUGUUUCUCAAACCUGGGUCUCCAGAUCAUUUUCGACUACAAUUCCCAUCAUCCCUGACCACUGGUCCCGCUAGCUAAGGAUGAUGGGAGUUGUAGUCCAGCAACAGCUAGAGACCCAGAUUUGGGAAACCCUGCCCUACUAGAAGCUGUAGGUUGCUACUUUCCUUGCUUGUCCCAUAAUUUCAGUGUUUGCCAAAAGCUAUUUAUAGUACUUGUUUUCAAAAUGCAUUUAAAAGUAGUGGGAUUUCUUUUGUCUCUUUCAGAAUUCGUACAGAUGAUGACUGCAAAAUGAAGAGACUUCCUUUCACCUUUUUUUUCCUCUAGAAGAAUCAAAUUGAAUCUUUUACUUACCUCUUGCAAAAAAAAUAAUAAUGUUCAUUUAUUCAUUCUGUUUCUGUAUAGCAAAACUGAAUGUCAAAAUACCUUCUGUCCACAAACUGCAUGUAAUGGUUGGUGGUCCUGUUCCCAAAAAAGACCGAGUUAAACUUAUCAGUUUUUUUCCAAUAUAAAUAAUUGUACUACCUUUUAAAAAUAAGAAAGCACUUAGUGAACUCCUCAAAGUUCCAUUUGCUAAUGACUAUUACACUGUUUGGGCUGGCCAGUUUUUCAUGCAUGCAGCUUGACAAUUGAGCACAGUCAGACGUUUGUAUUAAAACAGUUUUAAAAAAAAGAGGAAAAAAAACACCAAAUCUAAAAAAAAAUAAAAAUCAUCCACUCUUUUGUCCAAAAGUGGAUUCUAGCUCAAUUUGUAGUUAUAAAAUUGUCAUAGCUGGUUUAUUUUCAAAUUGGUCUAUACCUCAGGAUGGUAUGCAGCAAAAAUAGUUGAAGGAUGCAAAAUGUUUAGAAGGAAUCCCCCCCCCCCCCAAAGGUGGAAAAGAUUAUCCUGUAUGUAGAAGCAGUGUCCCUCCCCAUCCCCCACCCCCAAAUGCAGCGGAGGUUAUGGGUGGCAUGUCUGUGUUAACAUUGGUUUUAAUAUUGUCUGCAUUGCACUAUUGUGAAACGGGUGUUGGGCUGUUACCGUUCACAAAACUUUUAUUUUUUAUUUUAAAAAAAGAGAACCUCCAUCAAGGGGCGGGAGCAUUUUUUUGGACACACAACUCUCUUUCUUUCUCUCUCUCUCUCUCUCUCUCUCUCUCUCUUUCUUUCUUUCUUUCUUUCUCUCUUUUGCAUUUUUAAAAAACCUUCCGUAAUGAGACUUGGAGCUGGCGGGGUAGCCUGUGGACUUCAGCACAACUAUCAACAUCGCUGUUCAAGAUAUUACAGUUAUGUCCAUUCCAAGUUGUAAAUGCUAGUCUUUUUUUCCAAUAAAAGACCAUUAACUUAAAGGUGGUGUUACAUGCUUCGUAAAAGCCGAAACUAUAUAUCUAUAUACGUACAUAUAUAUAUAUAUAUAUAAAUACAUAAAUAUAUAUAUACAAUUUGAGAGACGAAACCAAAAAAUUUAAAUAAAGAAGGCAGUAGGAAGGGGAAAUAAAUGUGUUCUGUGAAUGACUUGCUGCUAAAUUAUAAUGCACAUGUAUGCAAUAACUUAACCCGUUUAACGUUUCUUCAAGAUGGCAAGAACUGACCUCUUGUAACCCAAGACCUUUGCUAUAAAUAAAUGAACUUGUGCUUGCCUUUCAUAUUUAUGACAAUCUUAAUUCAGUGGCUCACAAAACUGGCUUGAUUCUAACUCAGCGUUCUGUAGUCUGCAGG